AUGAGCUUACACCCGCACCCGUCGUUACUUCCUGCGGAACCGCUGUCGGUCACAGCCACAGCUGUCACACCUCCGUUCUCACACAUGAUGCUCCCCGCCGCUGACAAGGCGGGCAUGCCCCCUUCUUCCCACCCGUUUCACGGUGAACUCCCUUAUUCUCCAGAAGCGGCCACCAAAUGCCGGCUGCGCAAGCGCGACCAGGCCAAGGAGCUCGAGGAGCACGAGCGCGCGGCCGCGGAUGAGAACCUGGUCCUGCGCGGCUUCUACGACGAGCUGUCGACCCAGAUCUUGAAUCUCAAGAACAUGGUGCUCGAGCACGCUGGCUGCGACUGCGUCCUCAUCCACCGCUACAUCCACAAGGAGGCAGCCCUCUCCGUCGAGAGGAUGGAGCGCAACUCGGCCGCCGCCGCCGCCGCCGCCGCCGGAGACGGGGCCACCGCCCCGUCAAGUCCCCCCACCUAUACCGACGCUGCUGCUGCUGCCGCCGCCGGCCUGCCCUUCCACGACAACCAACCCUCUCCCCCCCCGAUGGGAUACAGUUUCGACGCCGCCGGCCCCGGCUCCGGCUCCGGCCCCGCCCCCGCCCUCAUCAGCGAGGGAGAAUCGGUCAUCAGUCCGACCGGAUCGGCCGCCCAACAUCACGGCCAUGUCUCCAUCGCUACCGCCGCCACCCUCGCCCACGCCGCCCGUCUACGGGCUGAAUGGAGCCGACAGCAUCAGCCGCUACUCCUACACCACCACCAACACCACCACCAGCAGCAGCAUCCGCUCAUGGCCGGUUUCCCGAGAUCCUACAGCUCCCCCGAUGUCGGCACCGAAGCCUACGGCCACUACAUGGUAAGCCACCGGCAUCCCAUGGAUCCCACUGCGUCUGCCAUGCCACUGCCCACUGCUCAGGUCCAGGUUCCCCAGGUCGGCUACAUCCGUCAUCCUAUGGGAGGGGUACCCCAAGAGCACCAACACCAGCACCAGCACCAGCAACCACCCCCUCCAUAUCCUGGACACGAGAAUGCCGCGUGGCCGCAAUGGACCUGA